CCUCUCAGGAGCAGCAUCCUUCACAUUAGUGGUCAGGCGUGUGUGUGUGUCAGUCAUAUUGUUUACCUCUCGCGAGUCCCGCCAAAAAAAAAAAAAUCAAAACAUUGAAGAAUUUUCAGAUGACUGAUAUCUGCUGUGCUGUGGGUUGUCCAAACAGAAGAUAGUAGAGACUAUUGAUAGCAUUCUGGUCAAGAAAGAUUGUUGAAGAAACGGUUGAACAUCGCUCAUGAGACUAACUCUGCCAACAUUACAUUCACCGAUGUAACCAGCAUUUUUUACCUCGGCAUGAGUGUUAGUAUAUGCUGAGCACCGCCACGUCUCGGUGGUGAUUGCAGUGAGCACCACCACGUCCCGGUAGUGAUUGCAGUGAGCACCACCACGUCUCGGUGGUGACCGCAGUGAGCACCACGUCUUGGUGGUGACCGCAGUGAGCACCACCACGUCUCGGUGGUGACGCAGUGAGCACCACCACGUCUCAGUGGUGGCGUCACACUAUGCUGAUGGACGCCGCCAAGACACACAACUCCACCCCACCUCCAGGUGGAGGCUGGGUGGAGACGAGUGACGAGGUCGGUGGUAGCAAGAAAGAUGACGGAGGAAGCACUAAAGCCUGCAGCAGUCACCCCCAGAGGUGUGAGAUGUUGGCUCCUCCUGACGGAGGGUGGGGCUGGGUCAUAGUGGCUGCCAACUGCAUCAUCCUGUUCGUGAUGGGUAACAUAGUAACAGGCUUCAGUGUGCUGUACGUCCACCUGGUUAACGCUGGAUACAGCAAUGCUGAAGUUUCUGGCAUCCCUGCACUCUUCGUGGGCCUUACCUGUAUUCUAGCACCGUUGUCGACGGGCUUGAGCCAUUUCUACAGUUACCGGUGUCUUGCGAUGCUUGGCGUGAUCAUUAGUUCACUGGGAGUGUUUCUCUGCUCAAUUAUCAGAAGUCUUGUCUGGUACUACAUUUGUUUUGGAGGGCUGACAGGUUUUGGUAAUUCACUACUUGCACCACAAGGCUUCCUUAUUGGGCAGAAAUAUUUUUGUCACAAGAAAGUUAGAGCCAAUGCACUCUCCAUGCUAGGUGGAUCUUUGGGGUUCAUGACCAUGUUGCCGACUCUCAAUUAUCUCUUAGAAACAUACGCAGUUGAAGGCACUUUCAUGUUAUGGUCUGGAUUACUCCUUCAUGCACUCAUCGGUGUGUUUUUCUUCCAACCAGUAGAGUGGCACAUGCGACCCAAAAGAACACCUGGUUUGGAAUCUCUGAAAAGUGAAAAGAAUGGUGGACAGAGUCAAGUGAGAAAUGAUAUUCUUCCUGGGAAAGUUGUUAAUGAAAAGACGGAGGAUCAAAAAGUUAGUGCUUAUGAAGAUGACAGUGUUAUCAAACAUCUAACUUCAGAGAAAGACGAGAGUGAUGAAAGUGAUUCAGAGGAUACUUACACCAGCCAUGAUUUAGCAUCUGGUAAUGACAGUGUGAGGAGGGGAUUGUCAGAUUCUUUUAGUCUGGGUAAUGGCAGACAAUGGAAAAACCCAUUAACAGAUACCUUACAAACGAACGAGUACCUAGAGCGACCUCGAACUGUGAGCAUAGAGAGAAGUAUGGAAAUUCUUCCCCAGAUCCCGGAAGAAAGUGAAGACGAGGACUGUUUUGAAACCUAUGACCAAGAGAUUGGUAAUGAGAGAAUAGAAUUUUUAAAUAGAGAAAAUGAGAUUAGAAAUAGACCUGUGAGCUUUAUAAGUUCUAAGAGUGUUGAUUCUUUUGUAACAGCUCCUUCAAGUGAGAGCAUUUUUGACUAUGAUGACAUUAUCUAUCAAUUUGGUAGUGCCUUAUCAAUUAAAACUGAAAAAUUGAAAGACAGCUUACAAGUUGAAAGAGAUAGAAACCUAAAAAAUAAUAUCAAUAUAUCAAAUAUUCCCAGAACACAAUUUCAUAAGCCACAUGUUAUUUGUGGAAUUAAGUUUCCAAAGUUAUCAGAUAUGAUAAAUUUUCGUAUAUUACGACAUCCAGUAUUCAUUGUAGCCGCCUUCAGCACCAUGAUUAAUAGAGUGGUGUACGUGUCUUUCAUAAACUACUUACCGUCACUUUCACUUGAGAUUGGUGUAGGAAGAGAAACUCCAUUUCUCUACAUCAUCGUUGCCUCGUUUGAACUUGUAGCCAAGUUAUUUACAUCUUUAUUCUGUGACCAGGGGUUGAUGCAACGUCGCUACUUUGUCAUCAUUGCUUCUGUUAACUCUGUCUUGGCAAACUUAACAAUAUCAUUUGCCUGGAAUUUUUUAACCACGGGAGCUUGCUGCGCUUGGUACGGCUUCAGUGUAGGUACCUGUAUGUCUGUCGAACCAGUGUUGCUUGUGGAGUACUUAGGGUUGAAGCUUUUACCACACUCGUUUGGUUUGAUGCUCUUCAUUAAUGGAAUUGGUGGGCUUCUACUCAUACCCUUGACUGGUUGGAUGAGCGAUAUGGCAGGCAACUAUGUCAUAAUAUACUGUUUUAUUGGAGGCAUUUCUUUAGUUCCUAGUCUUCUUUGGUGCUCAGUGCCCUGUUUCACCAAAACCUCGGAUAUUCCUUCCACAUCACCCACUGACAAUGUUUAGGGCUACAUUAUGUAUAGAAUUUUCAAGAGGUAAUCAAUUAGUACAGUGAACUUCCAGUAGCUGUGAAAAAAAAAAGUUUUAUAAACUUGAUACAAGAGUUUUUUGAGCUUGACACUAAUAAAUUAUUGAAGAAAAUGUGACUGACCAAAAAAACCUUUGUACAAGUCAUUAUGUAAGUUUUAUUGGUUUUCAGGCCUAUUGACUACAAGGUCUUUAAUUAAGACCGCUUGUAACUUUUACACCACCAGUCAGAUACUCUUAAUUCCUAGAUUAGGGAUUAAGGUGAACUCUUGGCAUACAUUUGCUGAGAUAAACACCUGUUGAUGUAUGUAACCUAGGCAAGUUUUAACUAGUGUU